UCUACCGCAGGAGCGCGGCAACGCGGACUACAAAAAUAAUCCCCGCGGCACGGGUGCCGAACCUGCUCAAAAUCGCCGCUUUUGGACAGGUUGGGGGAGAUUUGGUGGCUUAUGCCCCCCUUCUGGGGCUUUUGGCGAGCUAUAACGGGGAUGUUACACAUGCCGCAGCCUCGUGUUCGGGCUUGGUCGCUCAGCCACACCUGUUAUGCGACCCACGUGGAAUGCGGCGUAUUAGGGUGGAAGAAUGUUGGAGAAGGAGAAAUGGACCAGUAUCGCGCACGCCAGCGACUCUCUUGCAGUGCCUUGGAAGCCAACUAUCUAUCCCUCUCCUGCACCGACCCGGGAUUCUCUCCGAGCGCGAAACGUCGAUAUUCAAAAUAGCAGACCUCCCGUUCUGCGAUCUUGCUCCGUCGUUGCGAAGAGUUGCCGUGGCUUUUCCAGCAA